CCCUGCGCUCCUGAUGGGGGUGUGGCCUAGAAAACGGCAGUUACAGGAAACUGUCACUUUGCCAGCCAGCUACAGACAUGGCACUUGUGCUGCCUUCGGAAUAAUGUUACCCAGUCCCCUGCCCUGUCUUCUGUUGCAGUCCUGAAAGAUCUAGCCCCUAAUCUAGGCUCUGGCUUUUCCCUAGCCUUGGUGAAGGAGCAGAGGACCUGUCUGGGGCCUGCUUUCCAUCGCUCCCCCAAAUCCUGAACAUGAACACACAAAUAGAAGAAUUACAGGACCGGGCCAUCAUCAGAAUAGCAGCUCAUUUACCAGACCUCAUUGUCUAUAGCGAUUUCUCUGCCCAACGACCCACUGUGGAUUAUUUUGAUGGAGUCCUCAUGUUUGUGGACAUUUCAGGAUUUACAGCAAUGACGGAGAAGUUCAGCAUGGCCAUGUACAUGGACCGAGGCGCCGAGCAGUUGGUGGAGAUUCUCAACUACUACAUCAGUGCAAUUGUGGAGAAAGUAUUGAUUUUUGGAGGAGACAUCCUGAAAUUUGCAGGUGAUGCGUUGCUAGCUCUGUGGAAGGUGGAGCGAAAACAACUGAAAAAUAUUAUCACGGUGGUAACUAAAUGUAGCCUGGAGAUCCAGGAAUUCUUUGAGACCCAGGAGUCCGAAGAAGGCCUAGAUGUAAGAGUUAAGAUAGGACUGGCUGCUGGCCGCAUUACCCUGAUGAUCUUCGGAGAUAAUUUGCGCGACCACUUUCUGGUAACUGGUCAGACAGUUGAUGAUGUGCGCUUUGCGCAGAACAUGGCGCAGAUGAAUGACAUUGUUCUGUCACCCAACUGCUGGCAGCUCUGUGACCGGAAUAUGAUUGAAAUCGAGAGGAUUCCUGAUAAUAGAGCAGUGAAGGUCAGCUUCCUAAAGCCACCCCCUUCUUUUAAUUUUGAUGAAUUUUUCAACAAAUGCAUGACCUUCAUGGAUUAUUACCCCUCUGGUGAAUACAAACACCUCCUGAGGCUCGCGUGCAUGAUGAAGUCUGAUCCUGAGCUGGAGUUGUCCCUGAAGAAGCAUGUGAUGGAAAGCAUUUGGAAGCAGAUUGAAGACAAACAGCUUCGGGGUUAUCUGUCUGAGCUUCGCCCAGUGACAAUUAUGUUUGUGAACCUGUUAUUUCAAGACCAAAAGAAAGCCGAAGUCUUAGGCUCGGCCAUCCAGGAUGCCUGUGUGCACAUCAGUUCUGUCCUGAAUGUCUUCCGAGGCCAAAUCAACAAAAUCUUCAUGUUUGACAAGGGAUGCUCUUUUCUCUGCGUCUUUGGCUUCCCUGGGGAGAAAGCACCUGAUGAGGAAACUCGUGCUUUGGAAAGUGCCAUGAAUGUGUUUGACUUCUGCUCUCAGGUCCAAAAAGUCCAUACUGUCUCCAUCGGUGUUGCGAGCGGGAUUGUCUUCUGUGGAAUUAUCGGACACACUGUGAGACACGAGUACACAGUCAUUGGUCAAAAAGUCAACAUAGCUGCCAGGAUGAUGAUGUACUACCCAGGAAUCGUGACCUGUGACUCGGUCACCUACAAUGGCAGCAGGCUGCCAGCCUAUUUUUUCAAGGAGGUUCCAAAAAAAGUUAUGAAAGGUGUUGCGGAUUCCGGACCCGUGUAUCAGUGUCUGGGACUUAACGAGAAAGUCAACUUUGGGAUGGCAUACCUUAUCUGCAACAGAAAUGAGAGUUAUCCCUUGCUGGGACGUGAUAAGGAGAUCAAAUACUUCAUGUGUGUUAUGAAGAAAUUUUUGAUAUCCAACUGCAGCCGCGUGCUAAUGUAUGAAGCAUUAUCUGGAUAUGGAAAAAGUCAGCUACUGAUGGAAAUUGAGUACCUGGCCAGAGGGGAGAGCCACAGGACUAUUGCUAUUGCACUUACUAAGGUCAGCUACCAUCAGCCUUUUUAUACUAUCCAAAUACUAAUGGCCAAUGUCCUAGGUCUUCAUACUUGUAAACAUUACAAAGAACGACAGACCAACCUUCAGGAUAAAGUCAAGACCCUGUUGGAUGAAAAGUACCACUGUCUUCUUAAUGACAUUUUUCGUGUCCAGUUCCCCAUUUCCCGAGAGGUUUCCAAAAUGACCAUCUUAAGAAAGCAGAAAUAUCUGGAAGCAUUGUUUAUGAAGAUCCUGGAGCAAACAGUAAAAGAGGAAAGGGUUAUUUUCAUCAUCGACGAGGCCCAGCUAGUGGAUUACGCCUCCUGGAUCUUUAUGGAGAAGCUGAUCCGGACUAUUCCUAUCUUCAUCAUCAUGUCCCUGUCUCCCUUCACUGAAGUUCCUUGUGCAGCAGCCAGUGCCAUCAUGAAGAACAGGUACACCACCUACAUCACUCUCGGAGCAGUACAGCCCAAGGACAUCCGCAGCAAGGUCUACAUGGACCUCAACGUGACCUCAAUCCCCAAGGAACUGGACUUGUACUUGGUGGAAGGCAGCUGUGGGAUCCCAUUCUACUGUGAAGAGCUGCUAAAACACCUUGACCACCACAGGGCCCUUGUUUUCCACCAGCUGGAGCUGGAGGAGAAGACCAAAGUGACCUGGAACAACAUGUUCAAGAAUUUCAUUAAGCUAACAGAGGAGUUAAAAAUCCUUACUGACAGUGGUGAUGAGGGGACUGAAGAAGUCUGUAACCUCGCAAGUGGCAUCCGACUGAAAAACCUGUCCCUCCCCGCAUCACUAAAAGAAAUCUCUCUGGUCCAGCUGGAUAGCAUGAGCCUUUCCCAGCAAAUGUUGGUGAGAUGUGCUGCCAUCAUUGGCCUGACCUUCACCACAGAGCUGCUGUUUGAGAUUCUCCCUUGUUGGGACAUAAAGAUGAUGAUCAAGGCUCUGGCAACUCUAGUGGAAUCCAACAUUUUUGACUGUUAUCGGAGUGGCAAGGAUCUCCGAAUGGCCCUGAAGCAGAAUGUGACCUCAUUUGAAGUGCAUCAUCGCUCCUUGUUUCUGCAGACCACUGAAAGAUUGGCUCACCUUGAACAGGAGGAACUCCGUGAGCUAGAGAGCAGGGUGAUUGAGUGCCACAUCAUUCGAUUCUGCAAGCCCAUCAUGCAGAAAACAGCCUAUGAGCUGUGGCUCAAGGACCAGAAGAAAGCCGUGCACUUGAAGUGUGCACGUUUUCUGGAAGAAAAUGCCCACCAGUGCUUCCACUGCAGAAGUGGGGACUUUGUUCCCUAUCACCAUUUCACAGUGGACAUUCGACUCAACACCCUGGACAUGGAUACCACUAAGAAGAUGGCUGAGUCCCAUGGAUUUGAAACUAAAGAAGAGACCAAGAUUUCCAAAGUAGAGAAUCCCAAGAACUCUGAAUUAUUUCCUGAAAACCUCAGUCCUAAAGAAACAGUGCAAAGAAUCUUGGAAUUCUUUGACACCGUGCUUGCAAAAAUGAGGAUGUCUAACGAAGAGAUCAUCCCGCUGGAGACCUGCCAGUGUGAGGAGAUCCUGGAGAUUGUCAUCCUGCCUCUGGCCCAACAUCUUCUGGCCCUGGGCGAGAACAGCAAAGCCCUGUAUUACUUCUUAGAGAUUGCGUCUGCUUACCUCACCCUGGGAGAUAACUACAUGGCAUACAUCUAUUUAAAUGAGGGAGAGAGGUUGCUGAAAAUUCUCCAGAAGGAAAGGUCCUGGAACCAGACUUUUGAGUCAGCCACCUUUUAUAGCCUCAAAGGUCAGGUCUGUUUCAACAUGGGCAAGAUGGAGCUUGCCAAGCAAAUGCUGAGGAAGGCACUGAAACUGCUCAACUGCAACUUUCCUUACAAUCUCAUCUCCGUGUUUCUCCAGACACAUGCUGAGAAAAACAGACACUCCCAUUAUGUGACUCAGCAGGCCCCAAAGAAUUCACCUCCAGAGAAGAAGAGGCUGGCACAGCUUCACCUGCAAGUGGCCUGCUUCUCCUUGCUCUGGCAGACCUACUGUGUCAAUUACUAUUUUCACCACAACUAUUACAGCCACCUGGCUGUUAUGAUGACAAUGAAUACGGCAAUGGAAACUCAAGAUGAUUUCCAAAUCAUUAAGGCUUACCUGCAGUACUCGAUGUACAGCUACCUGGCUGGCUACCGGGGCAUGUGGUUCAAAUAUGAAGUCAAGGCCAUGGAACAGAUCACCAACCUCCCCCUCAAAGGGGAAGGCAUUGAAAUCGUGGCACACGUGGCUGACAGACUGAGCUACCUCAAGCUCAUGAUGGGUCACCUGGAUUUGGCCAUUGCAUUAGGCACUCGAGCCCACAAGAUGUGGGCAUUGCUCCAGAAUCCCAACAAACACUAUGCGGUCCUCUGCAGACUCAGUAAAUCUCUCUUAUUGAAAAACAGAUACAAGCAGUUGAUCCAGGUGCUGGGGACGCUGUGGGAGCUUUCUGUAACAGAAGGACACAUCUUCAGCAAGGCAUUUUUCUAUGUAAUGUGCUUGGACAUCAUGCUUUAUUCUGGCUUUGUUUAUAGAACCUUUGCAGAGUGUUUGGACUUCAUCAUACAGAAUGAGAACAACAGAAUCCUCAAGUUCCAUAACGGACUCCUCCUGGGACUGUACUCCAGUGUCGCUAUCUGGUAUGGCAGACUUAAAGACUGGGACAACUUCUACAUAUUUUCAAAUAAAGCUAAAACUCUGGCAUCAAGAAGAACUCCAACGAUUCUUUUCUACAGUGGCAUGUCUAGGUACAUGGAGGGGCAAACUCUCCACCUUCAAAAGCAAAUGGAAGAACAGUCUGAGUUAUCCCAGGACAUUGCAGUUGAGCUCCUCAAGAGCUUGCAAAAUCUGGUGGCUCAACGAGCCACUGGCCCUGUCUUCUACCCAAGACUGUACCACCUGACUGCCUACGUGUGUAUACUGAUGGGGGAAGGGGAGAACUGUGACCUCUUCCUGAGCGCAGCCUUGAAGUUGUCUGAAUCCCAGGGAAACGUGCUGGAGAACUGCUGGCUGAACCUGAGCAAGGAAUGGUGGUAUUCCUCCUGCAUGCUGACAGAACAUGACUGGCAGCAGAUCGCCCUGAGUCUCCCACCAUGGGAAAAAAUUGCAUCCGGCAGGGUAAACAUUCGGGACAUUGAAAAAAACAAAUUCCUGAUGCGAGUGAACAUCCUGGACAACCCCUUCUAACACUCCGUGAAAUAA